AUGGACUGCGCACCUCAAAUCACAAAUGCUGUUGAAACAGCCAUCCCCUUAUGCCAGAUCAUUUGGUGUGGCGUUCAUGUGUUGCGCGCUGUCAUGAGAAAGGCUGAAAAGUUUCAAGAUCGUUCCAACUUCGAAACUUUCUAUAACUUAAUGAAGUUAUUGGUCUUUGGUUCUGAAGAGGAAGAAAUUGAUCCUGAUGAAGUUUACAACAAUUUAGAAGAAAUUUUAAAUGAGGAACCUGCUGCCCGUGAAUACUUUGACCGACAGUGGCGCCAUCAUCUUGACAUGUGGAUGCUUCGCUAUAGAAAUGAAGGAGAUGGAACAAACAACAUCUCGGAAUCACAUUUCAAGGUUUUGAAGCACCAGUACUUCCCAGAAAGGCGAAAUCUUCGACUCGAUGAACUUGUCAUCGAGUUAUAUUCCAGUGUUGUUCCUUCAUUCCUGAUUAAGUUGCAAAUUAAAGGUCUGGAUUCAGAGAGAAGUGUUAAAGUUAUCAAAAAAGUCACAAGAGAUUUCGAAGAAAUGACACAAUUUAAAAAAGUCGAAUGCAUCAGUAUGCUUGAAGCUGUUCAGAAAGGUCUGAAAAAUGAUACACUUGAUCCCAACAUUGUUUACUCAACAUUAAAAAUAUUAUUGCAAAGAAAACAUUUGAUUUAA